UAAGUUAACUAAUCCGGAAGUUAAAAUCUUGCAAUAACGAAACUAGUCUACCGAAAAUUUACGGAAAUUUCUCAAGGUUUAAAAACGAAAGGAAAAAAUAUGGCAGCAGCAUUGAUAGGGAAAACUGACGUAGGUGUCAAAGAAUUUGGAAGAGAUGUCGAAGUAGCAGAAAACCCAACAGCGAAGUUAAUGUACUACCUGGAUAGCAUCUGUUAUGUCCUGAACAUAGAAAAAACCGAAAGUAACAUCCGUAAACUGCGCGAUUACAAGAACUAUAGGAGACUGAGCAAUGAUGAGGUUGAUCAACUGAUUUUACUCUGUGUUUUGUUUUCCCCGGACGUGCUCCUCGGUAAAUGUAUUUUCCCGGACGAGGAAAUGUGCGGGAUGGAUAUGAACAAGUUCUACGAGCUAAGCGCGGUGUCGCACCGAUUUCUCGUAACGGAAGAAAUCGUGGUCGGGGGCCAAACCAGAAGAGUUCAGAAGAUUCUCUUUUUCAGGGACAUCUGGUUAGAGUGUUUUUAUUUGGAACCCAUAAAGCAAUACCAGUCAAAAAUUGAAGGGAUUGCUGCAAGUCUGAGAGAAGGCCGUGUUGCUCGACAGCGUCCGCAACCUAGAGCUAUUGCUGCAACCCCAAGCCGCACUACUCAGACACCAGUGCGUCCCCAGAGACAACAGAGUGCGUCUCGACCGAGCGCGUCCCAGCCAGCAAAGAAAGAUGACAGUAGUUGCGUCAUUAUUUAGUGUAAGCGCCAACCUGACGACCUAUUCUUCUUUAGAACUACUUUGGCCUUAGAAAUACAUAAACUCACCUAAGCAUGCUUGUAAAUUCCCAAGUUCUUUACAAUUCUUUCUCCACGACGUGAUGUGCCAUGACGUACUUGUAUUUUGUUUCCCCUUCGAAAAAAAUUAUUAUAACUCUCUAAAAGGAAUUCAAGGAGAAAGGAAAAA